AUGGGAAGCGUCGAGGCACCAACAUGGCUCGAGAAGCUUGAAGAACAGCUCAACAUUGAUGUCGACUGGAUGGACCCCGACUACGUCAAGUCCAUGCCUGUCAAGCCCCAUGACCAGACGAGCAAUCAGCUCUGGGUCGAUAUCCAGCUCGGCCAUCCUUCCAACGCCGACCUUCUUGCUGAGACGGCUAAAGAGCUCAAGGACCAAGGAUGGCUAGCUAUCUACACUCGCAUGGCCGUCCUCAUGUGCAAGAAGAACAUCGACUCCAUUCACGGCCGGGUCCUCCUCCAAACCCUCCCCUCCAAGGCCUAUGAUACACAGGCCACCCUCGACCACGCUCAUCUGUACGACCGGGAAUUCACCCGUGCGGGCAUUACCCGUGACAGGUACUGCAUCAAGAUUCCCUCCACGGGAGCCGCCCUCAAUGCCGCCAAGGUUCUGAGUUCCGAGGGUAUCCCAACUUUGGGUACGGCGCUGUUCGGCCUUCCCCAGGCCAUUGCCUGCAGUCAAGCCGGCAUGCUUUAUAUCAGUCCUUACUUCAAUGAGACCCGCGCACACGAUGAUCUAUCCCUCUGGCCCGACGUCGCCGACCCCGCAACCCAGCACCCCAUGAGCGCCCGCGUAUUCCAUAUCCUCGAGACAUACCGCCGGCUGUACAAGGAGACUGGACGGGAGCAGCCUUUCCUCAAGAAUGCCAGCUUCAUCUCCCCGCAGGAGUGCAUGGCGGCCGGCGAGUUGGGCUGCCACUCUGCCACCAUCUCGCACACGGUUCUGAACCAGCUCGCCCAGCUCAAGUAUGAUGCUUCCAAGCAGCCCGGCGAGGGCAGCCCCAAACCUAGCCACGUGUACAAGAAUCCUGCGCCUGUUCCCCAGAGGCUUAGGAAGCUGGCUACCAUCGACCCACUCGCCCCACCCAACUGGGAUGGCAAACUGGCUAGCACGGACAUUGAUUACCUCGCCAACGGGGGCGCUGAGCUCACAAAGGCUAUCGAGGCAGACCCUACAUCUAAGGAGAGGCUGGCUAUUGCGCUCGAACUCUUCACCGGUGGAGAGAAUCGCAGCAAGGACAAGGUCGAGGCUGCGUUGAAGGCUCUCGGGUAG